CGGGGCCGCGGCGGCGGCUUCCGUGAGGGAGGGCGGCGGGGCGAGCAUGGAUCGGUUCGUGGUGCGCCGCGCCCGCGGCCCGGAGAGUCCCCGCCGGGCCGCGCCCGGGCCCCGCGUCUACCGGCAGGCCACCCUCGAGUCCCUCAAGAGAGUUGUGGUUGUGGAAGACAUAAAACGAUGGAAGUCUAUACUUGAGCUCCCUGGGCAACCAAAAGAGAACCUGAUGGAAGCUUUGGAGGAGCUGAAGAAGAAAAUACCUUCCAAGGAAGUGUUACUUUCCACUAAAAUAGGUCACACCGUGAACUCGAUGCGCAAGCACCACGACCCAGACGUGUCCAGCCUCGCCAAGGACAUCUACAGGGAGUGGAGAACCUUCAUCAAGGAGCACUCCAACAGGCCCAGCAUCGAGGUCAGGAGCGAUCCCAAGACCGAGGCUUUCAGGAAGAACGCUCGGAAGCUGCUCUGUGAAGCCCUGGAAUUAGAGAUUGAUCACCCACUGGCUGAAAAUAUUGAGCGCGAAGCUUUUCAUCUCUGCUCCCGCCUCAUUAGCGCUCCGUAUCGCAGGGCCGUGCGAGCCCUUGUCUUCUCAUUAAAGCACAAACCUGAGACCCGGGCAGGAGUCAAGGAUGGCACACUCACUGUCCCUGCCUUUGUACAGAGCCAUAAAAAGUGAGGUGUUGGGCUUGAUCCUGAGGGAGAACUUCCUGUGCCUGCAUCUCCUUGGAACUGGGAGCCCUUCCUGCAGUGAGGGGAGUGCAGGUGACUCCCUGGUACCACUCCAUGAACAGGGCUGCUGGAGGGAAGAACUAAUGAUGGAAUGGGUGCUGUAAAUCUGACUUAGUACAAAUCCAUGUGGGCUUGGUGCAAGGAAAGUUUCUUCUGUGUAUUUUCCAUCCUUGCUUCUCUCUUCUGCCCAUUUGUUGUAGCUCAGUUUAGCUCCAUCCCUAACGUGGAUGCUCAGGUGUAAUCAGCUGAAUAACCCCUUUAAAGGAGCAGCUCUGGCUGGAAAUACUGGGAACUAUGGGUAAUUGGUCCAUGGGAGGGGAUUCCUGGGGGAUAAUUGCAAAUUCUAGUUAGCCCUAAAUCAGCCAAAUCUGCUGCUGCUGGACCCUGUCUGUGGCAAGGGCUGUUUUGCCAAGAUGAUUUCCCUUUGCUGCAUUCCAGGGCUGGAUACAAAAUGGAUUUCAGUAACUUUCAUCAUCUCAGUCAUCCUGUGAUUUGGGGCAUUUUCUGAAGCCCCAGGGUAAAGGUGCUGUCUAAUGCCUCUGCUGUUCAAGGAGCAGCUCGUUCAGCCUUCCAAACCUCACUCGUGAUAUCAACAUGGUGCUUGUUCUUACUGUAAUGUGAAAAAAUCUUGUGAUGAAUUUCCUAAAUAAAACAAAAUACUCCUUUUAAA